GCAUGCGCAGAGGCCACUCCCCCUUCCCCAGCUGUCAAGCCCUCCCUCCUCUUUUUUUUUUGCAUUUCUGGCCAUUUUCCCCCCUUUUGCAAGAAGCAGAAGCAGCAGCAAUGAGGAGGAGGAGUGCUCCCUCUGCUUAGCAAGGAAAAAAGGAGGAAAGGAAGCCCAAGGAGGGGUUGCAUUGCAGUUUUUGGGGGGCCCCUUGGAUGCCCCCUCCCUUGCAAGAGCCUUGGAGGGGUGCUGGCCCUUUGCUGCCUCUUGGGGAAGGAAGGCCAAGAGGAGGAAGGGGCCUGGGACCCCCCAGCACUGGGAAAGACCCCCCCACUGGGGAGAAGCAGCUGCUGCAACCAUGAGCUGGGGCACAGAGCUCUGGGACCAGUUUGAUAACCUGGAGAAGCACACCCAGUGGGGCAUCGACGUCUUGGAGAAAUACAUCAAGUUCGUCAAAGAAAGGACCGAGAUCGAAAUCAACUAUGCAAAGCAGCUUCGGAACCUUUCCAAGAAAUACCAGCCCAAGAAGAACUCCAAAGAAGAGGACGAAAACAAGUAUUCCUCGUGCCGGGCCUUCCUGUCAACGCUGAGCGAGAUGAAUGACUACGCCGGGCAGCACGAGGUCAUCUCCGAGAACAUGACCUCCCAGAUCACGGUCGAACUCGCCCGGUACGUCCAGGAGCUCAAGCAGGAGAGGAAAGCGCAUUUUCACGACGGGCGGAAAGCCCAGCAACACAUUGAGACCUGCUGGAAACAGCUGGAAUCGAGCAAACGGCGCUUUGAGCGGGAUUGCAAAGAGGCCGAUCGGGCACAGCAGUAUUUUGAAAAGAUGGACGCUGACAUCAACGUGACGAAGGCAGAUGUCGAAAAGGCGCGGCAGCAGUCCCAGCUGCGCCAGCAGAUGGCGGAAGAGAGCAAAGGGGAGUACUCCUCCGCGCUGCAGCGGUUCAACCAGGAGCAGCGCGACCACUACCACACCCACAUCCCCAGCAUCUUCCAGAAAAUCCAGGACAUGGAAGAGCGGCGGAUCGUCCGGCUGGGGGAGUCCAUGAAGACCUUUGCGGAAGUCGACCGGCAGGUCAUCCCCAUCAUCGGGAAGUGCCUGGACGAGGUCACCAAGGCCGCCGAGGCCAUCGACCAGAAGAAGGACUCUCAGUGUGCGGUGGAGGCCUUCAAGUCGGGCUUUGAGCCCCCCGGGGACGUGGAGUUUGAGGACUUUGGCCAGCCGCUGAAGCGGGCCUCCUCUGAGUCCAGCCUGGCCGCCCAGCCGGGCAAGGAGGGCAAGGCCGGGAGCAAGGCCAAGGGCAAGCUCUGGCCCUUCAUCAAGAAGAACAAGCUGGUGUCGCUCUUGUCCAGCUCCCCCCGGCCCCCGGCGCCCCCUCCGCCCCCGCCCCCCCAGGGCCCCCCCGCUUCCUCUUCCUCUUCCUCUUCCUCCCCUUCUUCCUCCUCGGCUGGCCCCCCCAACGGCCCCCCCGCCUCCCCCAGGCCGCACAAGGAGCCCCUCUCCCACCGCUUCAACGACUUCAUGGCCUCCAAGCCCAAAAUCCACUGCUUCCGGAGCCUCAAGCGAGGGCAGUCCCAGUCCUUGUACUUUCACAAGGAGCUGAUGAAGAGGACGCUGGGCCGGCCCACGUACGCGGUUGAGGCCAGGGCCUACGUCGUAAGUCUGCGCACGCUCUCGCUCAAGCUGGGCGGCGGACCGGAAGAUUUCAGCAACCUCCCUCCGGAGCAAAGAAGGAAAAAGCUCCAGCAGAAAGUGGACGAGCUCAACAAGGAGAUCCAGAAAGAAGUCGAUCAGCGAGAAGCCUUAACGAAGAUGAAGGACGUCUACAUCAAGAACCCGCAGAUGGGGGACGCGGGUAGUGUGGAGCACAAGCUGGCCGAGCUUGGACAGAACCUUGAGAGGCUGCGGCAGGAGGCCCAGAAGUUCGAGGGUUGGCUAGCAGAGGUCGAAGGCCGGCUACCUGUGAAGACGGAGCCUGUGCGGCGACAGAGCGGGGUCUGCGAGUCCCAAAACACGCUCACCGUCAACAACUGCGCCCAGGACCGCGAGAGCAGUCCGGAUGGCAGUUACACAGAGGAGCCGAGCCAGGAGAGUGAGGUCAAGGUGCCGGCCGUGUCCGAGUUCGACGACGAGUUUGACGACGAGGAGCCCCUGCCCACCAUCGGGACCUGCAAAGCGCUCUACACCUUCGAAGGGCAGAACGAAGGGACGAUUUCGGUGACGGAAGGCGAGACGCUCUUUGUGAUCGAGGAGGACAAGGGUGAUGGCUGGACGCGCAUCCGGCGCAGCGAGGAGGAGGAAGGCUACGUCCCAACCUCCUACGUCGAGGUCUACCUGGAGAAGAAUGCCAAAGGUGCCAUGACUUACAUUUAAUUCCCCCGCUAAGAGCCUUGCCCCGUCCGCAAAGGGGGCUGCCGCCGCUUGCCAAUGGGUCCGGAGCGCCACGCAAGGCGCGCCGAAACGCACGACGGAGGAGAGACCGCCCCAAGAAGGUCUAUAGGGCGGAAACAUAUGUAUUUCUUGACUGACAGAAAAAGAUUGGGAGAGAAUUCAUUUGGGUUGACGAGACGACCCCCGUAUCCAAGCUCCCAAUUUCUGCAUAGAUACACAAAACCCCCAAUUGUAUUGGAGGGCCUAGAAAUUCGAAUUCAGCAUAUAAUCCAGUUGAGUUGAAUGGACGACCCCCGUAUCCAUGCUCCCAAAUUCUGCAUAGAUACAUAAAAACACCUCUAAGUACCAUAUAGUUGAAUUGCAGGAUCUAGACAU